ACUGACUGGGUUGCGAUAUGUAUUUAGAUGUGCGUGCUUUUGUCGGAAAAAAUCGCAUACUAGCAUGUAGUGUUGGUUGUUAUUUAGCGUGCCUGAAAUAGUUUCAUUGGGAGUGCUUCCUUGAGAAAAAAUUUUUUUAUAUAAGGAAACUUCCGAGAUUUUUAAAUAACUUGAAAUUUUUUGUUAUUAUGCAUGUAUGUUUUCUGUUUUUCUAACAGUCAAUGACAUGUCAAAAAUGUGUUACAUAUACGAUACAUUGUGACACAAUUUUUAUCAAUGUUAAACUUUUCGUCUUGUAUGUUGUAGACAAAAAUACUAACAAGAGGAAAUCAAUUUAUUAUAAUUAAUUUCAACAAAGAUGAAAGCAUUUGGCAGUGGACAUUCUCUUAUCGUCUUCUUAACGCUUAUUCAUCAAGUGACGACGAGUUGGUGGCUUCAAAGUUUAAGUUCACAAGUGAUAUCCAUUGGGUCGAUGGGCAGUUGCAACAAUAUAGCAGGUUUAGUGAAAGAACAGAAAGUAUUAUGCAGAAAGUAUCCAUCACUAAUGAGAGUUGUGGCAAAUGGUGCCCAUCUUGGUUUAUCAGAAUGUCAACAUCAGUUCUCUACUUCAAAAUGGAAUUGUUCUCAUGUUGAUCCAAGACAGAAAGGACUGCUCGGUUUAUUGACCAGUCAAGCCAAUAGGGAAGCUGCAUUUUUCCAAGCCAUAACAUCAGCUGGAGUUGUAGUUAAGGUCACUCAAGCAUGCAAUUCUGACAAAUACCAUCGAGCCUGCACUUGCGACUACAAAAAUGCUGGACGGAAAGGGAAAGAUUUUCAAUGGAACAGCUGCAACGAUAAUGUCAAGUUUGGCAUGACAUUUACGCAGAAAUUUCUUGAUGCACGUGAAAUUGGAAAUGAUGCAAGGGUACUCAUGAACAAACAAAACAAUCUAGCUGGAAGACUGGCUGUAAAGGAAAACGUCAAAUUGGAAUGCACGUGUCAUGGCGUUUCUGGUUCAUGCAAUGUCAAGACAUGUCGCUACACCUUAUCAGAGUUUUACCGCGUCGGAGAUCAUCUGCAUAACGCUUAUGAGAGUGCUGUUGCUGCGGUGUUGGACCAAACCCAGAACAGCUUAGUGCCGAAAAUUUCUGCCGAGAAAAUAAGAAAGCGGAAUUUAGUUUUCCUUGAAUUAUCGCCUGAUUAUUGUGUUAAAGAUUUGAAAGAAGGUACUCUUGGAGUUGCGGGAAGAAGGUGCAAUAAAACAUCACCAGGGACGGAUGGAUGCGAGAUUAUGUGCUGUGGAAUGGGAUUUCACACUAAGAAGGUUUGGGUUGAAAGUAAUUGCAACUGUUCGUUCAUUUGGUGUUGCAAGGUAAAAUGUCAAACGUGUCGCCAAGAAGUGAAACAGCAUUUCUGCAGAAGUAAAAAAAGAAGGCGGAAGUUCCGCAACCAACAAAACGACGAGCCGAGAGAAAAAAAUUUAGUCAAUAGUAUUACCGAAGAGGGCAAGCUGAUACAAAGGGAUCAGCCACAAAAACUUAAUGUUGACCUUAUUGACGACAACUACAAAAAGACAUAAAAUAAAUACAUCAGGCUAGUUUUGUCACGGUUGGUCAGUUACACUGAAACUUGGUGUGCUUUACCACAAACCAGAAAGCUUAAGCGGCUAAUUCAUGGAAAGUAAAGAAAUGACUGCUAAAUCAAAUUAGACGUCGUUUCUAUUAAAUGAUGUUGGACGCCACCUACUACGUUUUGUAGGAAUUCUGUGACGUUCAACUGGUUGACGCUCAGAAAAUCGACAUAUGAACAACUUCUACGAUACAUAUUGUGUACAGAUUUUUAAAGUUUUAUAUUGUAAAUAUGAUAGGAUGCCAUAUAUGUAUAUACUUCGACUGCAACAACAAAAUAUUCUAUUUCAGCUGUA